AUGGUAGCAGCUGGAGCAGUGGGAGUUACAGCCCCGACGGUCUGUAAAGGCACUAAAAGGGAUGAUCCAGAUGGUGCUGAUGCUGCGGGUCCGGGAACCACACCUAGAGCCACACUCCAGCUGUGCGAUCACCCGCCUCCCGAGUAUAUUCUGGCUAGCAACCGGAGUCGUUGCUGGGGUCGGGGCUUGCUUGAGACCUGGCGGACGAAGCCCUUAGCACUGGCGGUGGCACACAGUUACUACCUGCCCUCGUCGUCGGAUGGAGGGGAGGAGUCGCUUGCCCAAGACCACCCCGCCAAUGAGAAGCAAACCUGGGACGGAGCCCCGGGGCUUCUCAGCUGCAGGCCUUGUUCCUCCCCUCCAGCGCCGCUGCCUCGAGGUUCGGAGCGCUCUGAGCCCGCGCGCCGCACGCUGCGGUUCCCUGCACACGCUGCUCCGCGCCGCCCGCGGCUCGGCCUACAACCUCUGGUCUUUGGGGUGACUAGGGCGCUCCAAUCUCUUUCGGCGCUGAGAGCCUGGCCGCCGAGACUGCACCCCCGGUGGGCUGAGAGCUGGAGAAGCUGGAGAAGCUGGAGACGCCGGGCUUCUAGCAGCGGCGGGGCGGGGGAUGCCUGGGGCGGGGGGCGCCCUCCGCCCGGCCGCCAGCCUCCCGGCGGCCCUAGGCUCCCCGGGGCGUUCCGCCGCCCGCUGCGGCGCUCGAGGGUGCGCCCGGCGGCCCUCGGCGAACUGAAAGGAGAAACCGUUUGUUACUUGCCCGGGGAGCUAGUCAUCUCAGACCCUGACUUCUGCAGAUGGUAG